AUGCCUCGUAUUUGCGUGGUCGGCGGCCUUUGCGGCAUCAGCCACACUUUGUUAACCCCUACUGAUGGCUUAGCCAACUACGUCUUGGUAUGCGAAAAUAAGCUCCACCCUUUCACGCCAUUCACGCCAUCCUCGACAUCCUCGCCGAACACCAUCAAUCGCUCCAUGGCGUCAUCGCUCACACCCACCACCCUUCGCACUGGCUUCAAUUUCCAUCCUUCAUCCCCAAUCAUCGAUCAUCUGAGCUGA